UCCCGGCCUCCUUCCCUCCCCUGGGACCGAGCCCCGGAGCUUGCUUCCCAAGCUCCCUCCUGACUACCAGAGCCCACAGUGUGAGGCCCACGGCCUCUCCCAGCCUGCGGGUGGUGCCGCCCUCCACACCUGGGGAGUCCUGUGGGUAUUCCAGGCAGAACAUCCCGGCGAGACACUCCCAGGCUCCCCAGCUAUUGACUCCCUGCAUCCCCCAACCACACACACACACACACACACAUGCACACACAUGGGGCAGUGCCCUCCCAGAACCAGAGGCAGGUGCAGAAGCCUCUGUGCUGCCUGGCCGCAGCAUAGAGGUUGGGCUGGGCACAGGGACUCUGGGCCUGUCCAGGAAGGGAGGAGCCAGGAGGAGCCCAGAACGACACCCUGGUUCUCUCCAACCCCCUGCCCUGGCUGGAGGCAAAUGGGAAGCAGUAAGCUUCUGCCCAGAAACUUUCCUAUGCAUUUGAUGCUCCAAAUAAGAAGAGGACACGGAACAGCUCCCUGAGCAGAAGCUGGGCCCCAGACUUCCCAGCCUCAGGGGCUGCUCUCUGGAAUGGGGGACCUCACAAUGAGGACCGCACAGGGGAAGUGGCCUUUUGUAUCUUGAGGGGAGGUGGAGGCCAGGGACUUGGGUGGAGUCUCAGGUCCCAGGAGAGGGCUCUCCCUUAGGGGCUGGAGCUGAAGCCAGGGGCUCUGGGGUGAGUGCCCAAGACAGAUUCUGCCCCUCUGCCAGCCCAGCCAGCUCUCCAGGGCCCUUGUCUACCAUCCUGGCCUCACGCACGCCUGAGGGGAGUGCACACAGGUGGCAGCCUAUCCCACUGGCCUGGAGCCAUCUCUGCUCCAGUGGCCGCCCUGUGGGGAACCCCAUUAGGGCGUCCUCGGACCCCAAAGGCCCCAAGGUUUCUGGAUGCUUCCUUUGGAAACCUAGAAACUCCACCAGUGUCUGGCCACAGUCUCUCGGCCCCAGACGGUGGAAAGUCUGGGCUGCUGUCUGUGAAGCGAGCCCUGUUUUGCCGGGAGGGGGAGUGUCCCGCUCGCUGUGCUGUGAGGAGCAGCCUCCACUCCUCUGUUUGUCUUUGGGGCUGGAGCUGCAGGGUCAGCCUGGAGCCGCUGCCACAGGGCGCCCUGCAAACUUGCCCCACUCACAUCCACGCUCACCAGUGGGAGCUGUCACUGCACAGCCAGAUGCUGGCUGGGCAAGCACUCGCGUUCCUGGGCCUGACCUGGGGCAUUUUCCAGAGCCUGGCCAUCCCCCGGAUUACAGAAUGUGGCCUCUCCUGUUCUCAGGGCUUUACCUGCAGGAGCCACAGGAACCGGAACAUUUUUAACAGCUUCUGCCGGCCACGCCCUGUGUCCAUGUCCGGGUCAGUCCUGGAGGCCCUGACGUCCUACACUGCCAUGCAAUGUAUCCCCUCUGACGGCUGCUCAUUGUUCCUGCGUGUACGCGCCUCCAUCACCCUGCAUGAGCACCUGCAGGGCCUGGAGGCCUGCACCGUGAGCCUGGACACCCAGGAGACGCAGUGUCAGAGCGUGUGGGUGGCCAGGGCCUCCCACCAGCAACAGGUGGGGCAGCAGCUCCAGGUGUACUUUGGCUGCUUUGCGGUGAGCGUGGCCCAGCACCUCUAUGUCACCCUGAGGACCAUCCCUCAUUUCUGCGGGGUCCAGCUGGAUCAGAGGCACCUCGUGGAAGACUGCGGAGAGGAGGACGUGGGGAGGAACGUGCCCGACUGCCUCGCCGGGAAGCUCAGCUACUGGGUGGACCGGAGGCGCAAGGCGAUUCUGGUGCAGGUGCCCAGGGCCUCUGGGAUCCCCGACUACUACGUGCGGCUCUGCCACAAGCGGUUCACCUGCGAGGACGUGGGCGCCCCGGUGCAAGUGACCGCCAACAACGUCUCCCGGGUCGUCUCCCUGCCCUACAGCCAGGAGCUGCCGUGCCUGUGCCUGGAGGGCUGGUCUGCGACCCCUGACGCGGUGCGGAUCCAGAUCUGCCCCUUUGAAAAUGACACUGAGGCACUGGAGGUGCUGUGGGACACGGUCUACUACCAGCCGGGGAGCCAGACACUGAGCUGGGAGCCCACCUGCCCUGUGAGUGGCCAUGUGAGCCUGUGCUGGCGCCCGGGGCCCAGGGCCAGCUGUCGUAAGCUGCAGCAAUCCAGCCAGCUGGUGCAUCGCAGAGUGCAGUAUCCGCUGGUGGACACCCAACCCCAGCUCUGCCUGAAGUUCUCCACCAGUUGGGGGUCCUGGGUGCGGUGCCCUUUUGAACAGCGUCGCUUCCCAACCUGGAAAAUGACCAUCCACCCUUCGCCCAUGAAGGGCCACCUCCGGGCCACCUUCUUCUCGUCCAGCCCCGCCCACUUCCAGGUGCACCUGUGUCACAGGAGGAAGUCACAGCUCCCUGCCUGCCAACCUGCGCUCCAGGCCAGCCUACUCCCUCCAGCCUCAGGUGACCCCGCAGCCGCCCCUGCCUUUGCCUUCCUGGACCUUCCCAGGGAGGAGGCCUGUGCCCCAGGCAUCUGCAUCCAGGGCUGGAGGACCGAUGUACACUUCUCCGUCCCCCAGCAGCUCUGCAACCUCCGCUCCAGCGGGUGCCCAGCUCUCAGGGGCCACAGGAGGCUAAGGACCAGACCCAGGCACUCCCAGCCUCCCACAGUGGGCUGGGUAUGGCGUGCACUGAACAGAAGACUGGGUGGGGGAGACGGGGAGACCACCCAGCCCUGAGACAGGUCAGGCUUCCGUGCCAAACCCAGGCCUGUGCCCACCACUGCCCUCCAGCCUCGCAGUUCCCUCCACCACAUACCGCUGGGCCUCCUGCACACCCUCCCUGGUCUCACUCUGUCACUGGCCUUGCCUCCUCCUCCCUGGGGGUCCACCUUCCCUGAUCGGAGCUCUGGUUCCAACCACCAGUGACUUGGGAUGUCCCUUUGCCAACGAGCCACUGAGGCCCAGGCUCCCAGGACCCAGGGUACAUCAGGACAGGUCUCUGCCCAGUGGACAGAACUAAGCACGUGUGUCCGGGGUGUGGUCAGGAGCGUGGCUCUGCCUUGGAGUCCAGGAAGGGUCAGAGCUAGCACUCCCACCUGCACCCUCCCUGUGAGCUCAAGAGCUUGCCUAGCUUCAGGUGGGGUGAAUCGCAAGAGCCACUGGGAGAGGUGGGAGGGCUGGGAGGGGGUGGACAGGACAGCCAGGCACCCAGGGCCUCUGGAGACCCUUUCCAGGGAGCACCAGUGGGCCAGGCAGGGGUCUCUGGAAUGUCUCCUCAGCUCAGCCGAGCCACAGCCAUUUCAGGGCAGCCUCCAGCCUGCUGCCCACAGGACAUGCCCAGGGCCAUGGCAGGACCCACAGACCUUCAGCUCCCCCUUCUCCCAGCAAUACUUUUUGGCCAAGCCUGGGUCCCCCUCCCCAGCAAAGGUCACCUCCAGCAGCUCACAGACGAAAGGGGCAAAGGACACCUGCUGGUCAGGUGUCCCUGGGGCUGGCACCUGCCACUGUGGAGUGUCCAUGCUAUGCUGGGCAAGUCCAUGGCCCCAGGGACAGGCCUGGAGGCAGCAGGAGGACUGGGCCUGGCUCAGGUGGGGGGAUCUUGGGGUAACACACACUGCUUUUGGGGCCAGGGUGGGCUCCUCCUUCACUUGUCUGCUGAGCCUCCCUGGAGACAGGAGGCUGCUGUCCACAGCCACUGACCCCCAGAACUGGGCAGCC